AUGUCUCCGAAGACUCGCUGCUCCCUUGUGUUAUUCAGCAGUGAUGCAGAGCAGUAUUACCCACUCUCUGACGAUGAAAGCAGCUCCUUCCAUUCUUCAGGGGACAUUGUGAGUCCAGAGCAGUUGAGCAGCCAGUUUGGCUCUGGCGAUGAGGUGGGGGAUUCACUCUCUUGCAAAGGUGCCCCGGGCACUGCCACAAUUCGGAGGAAAAGGCCCAAGAGCCGGGCCAGAGUUAAAACUGAAGCAGCAGCCAGCAAGCAGAGGAGAAGCAGGCGGAUGAAAGCCAAUGAUCGAGAGAGGAACCGUAUGCACCACCUGAAUGAUGCCCUGGACGCCCUGCGGGCAGUGCUGCCCAGCUUCCCAGAUGAUGCCAAGUUGACCAAGAUUGAGACACUGCGCUUUGCCCACAAUUACAUUUGGGCGCUGACGGAAACACUGAGGCUGGCAGAACAGGGGCGUGGGCAAUGUGCCAGUGGGUUGUCUGUGUCAGAGCUGGGCAGCACCCAGAGCCUUUACUCACCCUCAUCCCCUGACUGCGAUUCUCCGCACUCUCCCCAGAGAGGGCUCGUGUACCACCUGCUGGAGCCCAGUGCCCCCUUCAGUGAUCUCAUCUGA